UCGCGAUGCUGUGUCAGUACCUGCUGCGUGACGAGGUUGCCGGCGACGACGUCUACCUGGAGCGAUUCGCCAAGGACUUCCUGCCGAGUCUGCUAGCGCUGAGUACAGACGCCGUGCCCAACGUGAGGCUGGCACUCGCACGCGCUCUCACACAGUCAGUGCUGCCCAUAGAGUUCAUGACCUCGCCCAAGAAUCCCCACUGUGAUGACAUCAGCAGAGUUCUGAGCUUGCUGCGGAGUGACAAGGACAUUGACGUGCAGCACUACUCGUCGCAGCCGCCCGGCCACUGCCUCCCGCUGCCGCUGCUGCAGCCCGUGAGUCUCGCGUCUCCCCGCCUCGCGUCUCGCGUCUCGCGUCUCUCCGUCUCAC